CACACACACUCCCUUCCCUCCUCCUCCCUCCCAGCCCGUCCCAGCCCUCCUCAUCCGGCUCGACCCUGCGUCCAUCCCGCAGCCGGCUGACCCCACACGCCAGCCAUGUCCUCCGCCUCGGGUCCCCCCUCGGACCCCAGCGCCAGCCCCGGCGGCCCGACCCUCUUCCGGUCGCUGAGCCGGCGUAUGUCGCGCUCGAAGAAGGGCGACGUGCCGGCCGGGCCGACGUCGGCCCCGCCCCCCCGGCCGCCGGCAUCCGCCACCGGAGCCGGGUCUCCCCCUGUCAGCCCGGACAUGAUCCCCCCGGACUCGGUGAUCCCAGAUGACGAUGUGGCCGACCCGGUGGCCGCUGUGUCGACCUCCUCCUCGGAUGAUCUCCCCCCGCCCGUGGAGAAGGCCCGCAAGGGUGGCUUCUCGUCGCUCCUGCGCAAGGACACCCUGCGUGAAAAGGACUCCAAGAAGAAGAAGAUCGAUCGCAAGACCAUCGGCCUGCCGACCGACUUCCGGCACAUUGUCCAUGCCGACCGCGGCAAGCUGGAGGUGUACGACCCGAAUGCCGACUCUGUCCCGUCGGACAUCCUGCAGCCCUUCGAUCGGCACUCGUGCAUCCUGUCCCGCACGCCGGGCGGCGGGUUCGGCAUCAGCAUCCGCACUUGUCGCAAGGGCCGCACCACCAUCACCCGUAUGUCCCCCGGCAGCAAUGCCACCAAGGUGGGCUUGGCCCCGGGCGAUGAAAUCAUCGAGAUUAAUGACAGCUCCAUCGUCGGCACGGUUCACGACGACGUGUUGGCCAUUCUGGCCGACCAGCAAUCCGUCAAGCUGCUCGUGAUCAAGGGUGGCGCCAAUCGCCCCGACAGCCCGACCGCCGAGGAGGUCGCAACUCAGGCAGUCAAGGCCCCAUCCGUGGCCGAGUCCUCCUCCUCCGGCGUCAAUGAGGACAUCGACAUCGAGGGGGACGAUGACCAGGAGGAUGACGACGAGUCGCCGUCGGUCUGCUGCGUCUGCGGCAAUGAGGCCAUCUACCACUGCCAGGCUUGCGGGCCCUCUGUCAUGUACUGCAGCCCGGAGUGCCAGAAGAGCGACUGGCCCGCCCACAAGAAGACCUGUGUCUUCCGCAAGGAGAACGCCGAGAAGGUGGCCGCCGCCAAGGCCAAGGCCGAGGCCGAGGCUGCCAGCAAGGCCGGCAUCCUGGAGGCCGAGACCGCCGCCGCCGCUGCCCGAGCUAAGGCCGAGGCCGAGGCCGCCGCCAAGGCCAAGGCCCAGGCUGAGGCCGAUGCCGCAGCGGCUAAGGCCCAGGCCGCGGCCGCCGCUGCCCGUGCCCAGGAGGAAGCCGAGGCCGCUCGUGCCAAGGAGGAGGCCGCUGCCCGGGCCAAGGCCGAGGCCGAGGCGGCCAUCCGCGCGCAGGCCGAGGCCGAUGCCGCCGCCGCCGCCGCCGCCAAGGCUAAGGCCCAGGCCGAGGCCGAUGCCGCUGCCGCUGCUCGCGCCAAGGAGAAGGCCGAGGCUGAGGCGGCCGCUCGCGCACAGGCCAAGGCCGAAGCCGAGGCGGCUGCCGCUGCCCAGGCUAAGGCCGAGGCUGCGGCCAAGGCCAAGGCCGAGGCUGCUGCUGCCGCCGCCGCUGCCGCCGCCGCCCAAGCCGAGGCCGAGGCCAAGGCCCGUGCUGAGGCCGAGGCCGAGGCUGAGGCUGCGGCCGCCGCCGCCGCCGCCGCCGCCGCCGCCGCUGCUACCGCCGCCACGACGCCGGUGGUGGUGAACACUGACGCCGGGGCCAGCUCGCCGGUCGGCACCGACACCGUGUCCCCCUCCGGCGAGACGGCCCCCACGUCGCCGGCCGAGCGCAAGUGCGGCCACUGUGACGGGCGCAACCCCAAGUACCUGUGUGCCUGUCACAUGGUGCACUAUUGCUCGCCGGUGUGCCAGCGCGCUGCCUGGUCAAGCCACAAGCUGGUCUGCAGCUUCGUUUCCGAGGCCAAGAAGGCCAAGAAGGCGGCUGCGGCUGCGGCCGCGGCCGCGGCCGCGGCCGCGGCGGCCGCUGCCCCGGCGGCCGAUGCCGUUGCCGCUGCCUCGGCCGCUGAGGCCCAGGCCGCCGAAAAGGCCGCCCAGUCCCAGCCCCCGACUCCGGCCAAGCCGACCCCUCCGCCGCCGGUGGAGCUCCCCUUCGAUCGCCUGGCUCUGCUCAAGGCCGCUGACAAUGGCAUCUAUGUCGCCUUCGACAAUCGCGUCAUGAAGAUCGGCAUCCGCCCGGCUCGCGGGUCCUGUGUCUUCGACAUCCUCUGGACCGUGACGUCGUCCCAGCCGCUGGCCCGGUCUGGCGCCCUCUCCUCGCUGGAGGGGAUCGUCCGCGUGCCCUCGGUGCUGGUCGAUGUGCCGAUGUGCCCGAUCCCCGGGCCCGAUGGCCAGGGGGAGGCCCAUGCGGCGGCGGUCGUCGCCCGGCUAGGGCACGUGCUGAUCGCCAUCAAUGCGUCCACCGGUGCCGUCCUGUGGGAGCAGUCGCUGGCCACGGUCUUCGCCGGGGCCACCGGGCCCAGCACCCCGGCCGAGGACCUCACCAGCACCGCCUCCAGCACGCACUCCUCCCUGGCCACCGGGGCCACCCCCUUCGGCUUUGUGUCGAUGCGGCUGAUCCCUGGGACCUCGGCCGUGGCUCUCCUCUGGGCCGAUCGCGCCGUCGGCGUGGACCUCACCUCGGGCAAUGUCGCCUGGCGGCACUUCCUGGAGAUCGAUGCUCAGGACGAUUUGGAGCGUGCGGUCACCGUUCCUACUCUUCUGGCCAAUGGCCAGGCCUUCGUUGCUGCUUCUGAUGGCCUCAUCCAGCAGAUCGAACGCGACGGCACUCUCGGCAUGCAGACCCGUCACACGCUGAUCACCCCCUCGACUAGCUUUGCGCAGCAGGCCUUGAUGCCGACGCCGGCGGCCGAUCCGACUGCCUCCACUCCGGCCACGGUGCCUCUUAUCAUCUGGCAGGACCAGGUCCUGGCUCGCCUGGACCCCGAGACCCUGGACACCAUGUGGUCCAUCCGCUGUGAGGGGGCCUCUGAAGGGUCAGUGGCCUCGAUCAUCGUCUGCUCGCCGGCGCCGGACCACACCCCGCAGGUGUUCGCUGCUCUGCGCAACCGCAUCCUGGCCGUGUCGCUUGCCGACGGCACGCACCUCUGGACGGCGGCCCUGCCGUCGCUCAAUGGCGAGCUGGCUGGCGAUGCGACUGCCGACUUUGAAAUCAACCCGGUGGCCAACUUCGUGUCGCUCACCUUCCACAAGAAUGUCCUGCUGGCGGCCACCACUUCCGGCCUGCUGUUGGCCUAUGAGCCGCGUACUGGGCGCAUGCUUCAGAUGUUCAUGGUUCCGCGCCACGAGGAGGAGGAGGAGGACCAGAGCACCGGCGAUGGGACCGACAGCCCCGUCGACGAGGACCAGUCCUCCGCGGAUGCUGGCUGGUUCUCCAUCACCCUGGCCACGGCCACUGCCGAGGGCCCGGUGGCCCCGGCCUCCCUGGCCAAGGCCCUGCUCUAUUGAGAGGGUGGGCCCCCGGGCGCUCCCUCCGGCCGUGUGCCGCUAUGUGCAUGUUCACCCUCCCCUCUUCUCCUCCCCCCUCCCCUCCCUCCAUGCGGGCAAAUGUGCUCUCGUGCAUGGGCGCUGAGGGUGUGACACACAUGCCCGCCGCCCUCCACGAGCACCCUUGCCCAUGCACUUGCCCAUGCACUUGCCCAUGUCCGCA